GGGACAGGCGAGCUCGGUAGUCCCGCCCCCGGUUAUGCUGGACGCCAGCGACCCAUCCGCCCGCAAGGAUUUGAAACCGUUUGGCUGUGGCGGCGGGGCGGCGGCGGCCGAGUGGACGGCUUGCUGGUGGGGGCUCCAGAAAGGAUUGUGGAAAUGGAAAGUGAAGAAGAAAAAUGGGAGAAGCUGGAUGCAGAAUUUGAUCACUUUGUGGUAGAUAUGAAGCCCUUUGUUCUAAAAUUACCCCACAGGUCAGAACGGCAGCGGUGUGCUCUUUGGAUCAGAAAGCUGUGUGAGCCCUCAGGAACAGGUGCAGGACUCAUGGGUAGGAAGAAUCGGAACCUGUACGCAAAGCUGUUACUGCAUAUGCUUAGGCGAGGAGUACUUGAAGGCCCUUUUACACACCGUCCUGAGCCAGGAAUACUAAAAACAUUACCAUCAUAUAUGUCCAUCUAUUUUGAUGAACCAAAUCCAGCACAACCAAAAAGUUCAAGCCCAGAGAAAUUACCUGACUGGGUAAUGGGUGAGCUGGAGACAGGUGAACACAGAUUAAAUGAAUCAUGGCAGUUUUCUUCUGGAGAAGAGAACACGAUGCUGUCGGCAAGUGAUGUCCACAGUAGAGAACAGUGCACUGAAAAGCUUCGAACGAGGUCCCAUUCCAUGAGUCCAACUUAUCGAGAAGACAGACAACAUAUUCCUUCAAAGAUCUGCGAAAUUCAUUCAAAAAAGUCUCCAAUUUCUUUGGAUGAGAGUGACAUUGAUGCUCGCCUGAAUAGUUGGAAUCUUGGGAUAGAAAAUCCUCGGUACCUGAGACAGAAGCCUCUUCCAGUUUCUCUGAUAACUCCAAAGGUCAGCCUGAGAAAGUCUAGCAGUCUUCAUGAUGAUCAUUUUCUUUCUCGAAUGCAUGAGAAAGAGUUGGACAUGAAAACAAAAAUGAUGGAAGCAAAGUUUUAUGAAGAAAAACUUAAGCUGCAACAGAAACAUGAUGCUGAUGUGCAGAAGAUUUUAGAAAGAAAGAAUAAUGAAAUCGAAGAUUUGAAAAUCUUAUACAAAAAGAAACAAACUGAAACUGAGGAGACUAUAAGAAAACUUGAAAAGAAAGUUCAGAUCCUUAUACGUGACUGUCAAGUUAUCAGAGAAACUAAAGAAAACCAGAUAACAGAGCUGAAGAAGAUGUGCGAGCAAAGCACAGAAUCUCUGAAUAAUGAUUGGGAAAAAAAGCUCCACAAUGCUGUAGCAGAAAUGGAAAAGGAAAAAUUUGAGCUUCAAAAGCAACAUACUGAGACUAUUCAGGAAUUGCUGGAGGAUACAAAUGUGCGUCUGAAUAAGAUGGAGGGUGAAUACAUGGUGCAGACACAGUCCACAAACCACAUGAUCAAAGAACUGGAGGGCCGCGUCCAGCAGCUGACGGGGGAAGCAGAGAACAGCAACUUACAAAGGCAGAAAUUGACUCAAGAAAAACUGGAGCUUGAAAGAUGUUACCAGAUGACAUGUAGUGAAUUACAGGAGCUGAAGACGAGGCGUAACAUACUACAUAAAGAGAAAGAACAUCUUGUAAAUGAUUAUGAGCAAAAUGUGAAAUUAUUAAAAACCAAAUACGAUUCUGACAUAAACCUCCUGAAACAAGAGCACGCGCUUUCAGCUUCUAAGACAUCUGGAGUGAUUGAAGAUCUGGAACAGAACAUCUGUCAGUUAAAGCAGCAGAUCCAGGAGUUAGAGCUUCAGAGGAAACAGCAAGAAAAGGAUCAAGAAAAUAAGUUUCACAUGGAAAGGAACCAUUUAAAACACACCUAUGAGAAAAAGGUUCAUGAAUUGCAAAGUGAACUUGAUAAAGAGAAAGAAGAUGCUCAGAGGAAGAUCCAUAAAUUUGAGGAAGCUUUGAAGGAGAAGGAAGAGCAGCUCAGCCGAGUGACUGAGGUUCAGAGGGCUCAGGCCCAGCAGGCGGAUGCUGCCCUGGAGGAGUUUAAGCGGCAGGUGGAAGUGAACUCUGAGAAGAUCUAUGCUGAGAUGAAAGAGCAGAUGGAAAAGGUAGAAGCAGACCUAACUAGAUCCAAGUGUCUUCGUGAGAAGCAGUCCAAGGAGUUUCUAUGGCAGCUAGAAGAUGUCAAGCAGAGAUAUGAACAGCAGAUAGUAGAGCUGAAGCUGGAGCAUGAACAGGAGAAGACGCACCUAUUACAGCAGCAUAACGCAGAGAAGGAUAGCCUAGUCCGAGACCAUGAACGGGAAAUUGAAAACCUGGAGAAACAGCUUCGCGCUGCCAAUAUGGAGCACGAAAAUCAAAUUCAAGAGUCCAAGAAACGAGAUGCACAGAUCAUUGCUGACAUGGAGGCCCAGGUUCAUAAGCUGAGGGGAGAGCUGAUCAAUGUGAAUUCUCAGAGGAAACAGCAGCUGGUAGAACUGGGUCUUCUUCGAGAGGAAGAAAAGCAGAGGGCUGCGAGGGACCACGAGACCGCUGUCAACAAGCUGAAGGCUGAAUCGGAAAGGGCGAAAAUGGAGCUGAAAAAGACGCACGCUGCCGAGACCGAGAUGACCCUGGAGAAGGCCAACAGCAGGCUGAAGCAGAUCGAGAAGGAAUACACUCUGAAGCUUGCCAAAUCUUCCCAGGAAAGACAGCUAAGGCCAGUGUUUCUCACCCACUGCGUCCCGCUCACAGAGCUUCAUGAUCAUAGCAGAACUUCAGACAACCAUUUCCUCUCUGAAAGAAGAGAGCGGUCGGCAGCAGCUUGCUGCAGAAAGGCGGCUCCAGGAUGUUAUACAAAAGUUUGAAGAUGAGAAGCAGCAGCUGAUUAGAGAUAAUGACCAAGCAAUCAAGGUGACCAAGAAACUGUUUCGCACAAAGAAAACUGUCAUUUAGCUGUUUGUUCUUCAGCUCCUUGAAGAUGAACUUGCGGAAGUAAGACAGUAUAUUGGUCAACAGAGAAGAAAAUAAUAGCUUCGGAACAACAUGAAAGCAGAAAUACUGGGGAGAUGUUUGCAGUUGACUGCCCUCUGCCAGCUCCUGUGUCUAGUGGCUGCCAUUUCACCUGACCCAACCAGGCUCUGCACUCUCACUGGCACUGGUGUCUCUCUGAGAACGCAGCUAAUAUAGUCAUGCUUUGGGCUUCCAGAGGAAUUAGGCAGCCCAUUUGCUCCUCCUCUACAAUGGUCCCUUUGAACUUCAUAACCCUUAACCAUAUUGCUCACAUAUGGAGUGGCCAAGAGUCUGAGACACAUGGAGGCCAAACCAAAUAUGAAAGACUACCUUUGACUCAAGCAGCUGCUAAGCUGCAAGCCUUGCUUGAAGGAUUGAGAUGUGGUAGUAAUUCCAGCCCACGUCCCCAGGAAAGCAGUCAUGACACUGAAUGACCACAGGCACAGUUAGCACCAGCAGCACAGGUGUGUGUGUCCCAGCACUGCUCUGAAGCUGUGAUCUGCAUUAUCUCCAGCCUGUAGCUCACCAUUCUGAUCACAGUGGAAGCUUUUAGGAGGUAUGGCAUGCAUAACCCCAACAAGACCUUUAGUAUGGAUAGCAUCAGGGCAAACAUUUGUGGCAGAUCUUCAGGGUUCAGAUCCAAUUCCAAUUAAUGUUCUUAUCACUGGCAGCCAUGCCUGGGAAGAUGUAUCCACCACUAAGGUAGACUUUCCCCCAAACCAGCUGGCCAUGCUCACUAUAGAUCCAGGCAGAGAGGUGGUUGAAGCCCAAGGCUGAAACAGGGUCUGCUACCCUGCCUCUGCAUAUGCCAGGACCCAUUUGGUCUUCUCUCUAGUAAAUGUGGAAGAAGGAAGGAAGGAAGGAAGGAAGGAAGGAAGGAAGGAAGGAAGGAAGGAAGGAAGGAAGGAAGGAAAAGAAGGAAGGAAAAGUAGUCACAUGCUCACUCUACUCUAUCAGGCCCAAGAAGCAGAGUACCCCUGUCUUCACAUCGUCACAGCUGUGUACUAGACGCCUGGAGGAGGAACCGGCCAUCAGGAUGGGAGGAUUUCUGUAAGAAUGUGAACUCAAGUGUGGUUUAUAAGCACAGCACUUCCUUUAAAGCCAUUUUCUAGCCU